GACAAUCUUUCGAAUUCGAAUUUCUCAAUAUCAAGUCAAUCUCAAAAUAUUGCAUUUUAUUUAUAUAUUUUCAACUGAAUACGAUAAUACUGUAUUAUUUUUAGUGAGGUAUAAACAUAAAAUGUUUAAUUGUGCAAUGAGACAAGUAGAAGAAAGACAUGUAACUUAUCAAGUGGAUUUAAUGGUUUGGAGUAACCGGCUGGAUUUGGUAGCUAUUAGCAAUUUCAAAGGAGAAGUGCAAGUACAUAGAUUACAUUGGCAAAAAGUUUGGAAUUUACCUGCACCAAAAGAAAAUGUAACAGUACAAGCUAUUGCCUGGAGGCCCGAUGGCAAGGCGUUAGCAAUUGGUUACAGUUUUGGGAUUGUGUAUGUUGUUGAUAUUGAGGACAAAGAGAUUCUAGACAAAUAUGAUUUUAGUGCUGAAAAUCCAGAAGAUCCAUAUGAUUGUAAGCCUGUAGGCAUUUCCUGCAUCACUUGGGCUGUUAAAGCAGGAGUAUUAGAGAGUGCAACGGAAUAUAAUGUUUAUGAUGAUACAACAAUAUUCUUGCAAAAACCACCAUCUGCAAGCACUUCAUAUAAAAAUCAAGGCUCUGAUGAUAUAGUCAAAUGUUACAAAGAAAUACCAGAACCAUCGCAGUUGAGCAUGUUGAUGAUUGGAUAUGGCAAUGGAAAUAUUUACAUGAGCGUAUUUGGAAGAUAUCCAUAUGGAACUAUACUUUUACCAGAAUUAGUCAAUGAUGAAUGUGGGGAAUAUAAAAUACUGGACAUCAACUUGUCUAAUGAUUUUAGUGUAAUGCAAGUACUUUAUUUAGACAAGAUUACGAAAAAUAUAUACUUGUCAGUAAUAAAUACUAGUGUAUUGUCAGCAUAUUCUGAAGAAUUGUUUGUGGUGGCAAAUAAACAUUGUCAAAUUGUACAAUUAUUAUCACAUCUUGAUCAAACAAUGACUUCAAUAACUGAAGCUUGGGAACAUAUCUUACUAGAAAUGGAUUCAAAAAUGGCUCAUUAUGCAUCUUCAGUUCCUAAAGGUGGAGUUUCAGCCGACCUACUGGAGUUACUAAUGUUAGGUGUACCAUCCGAUGAACUUGAAUUGUUCUUACUUCAAGAGUUGACUGCUAAAGGGUUGAAAAAGUUUGGCAGUUCGGUGGAGUUAAGUUACUCUACCAUACAAAAGCUUGUUCUUAAACAGUUGAAUAUUGUAGGACACAAUUUAUCUUAUUACCUUUCAGAUAUAAGAGGACUUACUAGAAUUCCAGAUAGAUUUAAGAUUCUAGGUUUGGAUGAGACUAUGGUUACUCGAUCAAUCAGAGCUUGUUGUGCGUUUUUAAACAAAUGCCUGGAAUUACAACAAGUUAUUGAUGUGUCGAUGCGGAACUACAAGGCCUUCUUUCGAUGGCUCUUUGUAGUAAUUAUCCGUUUACUUGAUGAACAGACACCUUGUGAGAUUGUCAAAAUGACGCAACAAGAAUUCACUCAUAUAGCUGAACUUCUAUACAAUUUUGAUAAUGUACAAACAGAGGGUGAUAAUUCAUCGGAGAAACCUGUGAAAUUCAAUUUAGAAAGAUUAGGACAAUAUUUGCAAGAUCAAGAUUUAACAAUACUUCCUGAUGAUGAAGAUAAUCCCUGGCAUAAAUUUCUUAAAGAUAAUUCGUGCUUAGUAAAUGACAGUGAUACAAUUUUUUCAAUGACUGAAUUCAGAAGAUUUUCUUUGGUACAACAACAAAAAUACUUGAAGGAUGCAAUAAAUCAAGUGUUCGAUGUAACUGGAAAAAAUAUAGGUAAACAUUUUUCUGUCAUUUAUAAUACUAAAUGCUAUGAAAAUCGAGGCAUUGUAUUAAAUCCAGAAAGAAAUUUAAGAAUAUCACAGACUUAUGAUUCAAAUCAAGAUAGAUUUGUGAUGGGUUUAGUGGACCUUAGGAAUGCACCUGAUCGGUUAUGUUUUAUGUCAAUUCAAAUUAAAGAAAAAUCAUGUUCAGCAGUUGCAACCAAAUAUUACUUUUCAUCAAGUUUAUUGCAAGAAGCUAGUCAAAGCCGUUUAGAGGAUGAGUCAAUGGAAAUAAUGGAUGUACAAUUUUAUUCAGCCGAGUACCUUUCUGUACUAGUAAGGCAUCCACGUCAUGAAGAUAACUCUAUUUUCAUACAAUUGCCAGUAAAAGUUGCUUUAGAAAAUGCUAGUGAUUUGAAUAUAAAAUCUAAAAUUUGCGUCUUUAAUGAAAAAACACACGAAAAGAAUAUUUCUUCAUAUUUAGAUCAUAGUGUUUAUAAGAUACUUGAAAAAAUGGAUGGAUUUCGGAUAGCUGUAUCAGGUGGACGUAAGGUAUCUGUGGUAUUAUCGAAAAGUCAUAGGAAAGUCAGAGUUUUCGAAAUGGAAGUAAAUGGUGAUGAUGAAGAGGAUGAGACAUUAGACGCUACACCGCAGUCACAAUCAAGUCAUGCAGGUGAUCAACAAACACCUACCAAACAUGAUGCUUCUACUGAAGAUUUUAAUUAAUGACUAAGUAAUAAAUUAUUUUAU